CUCAGUGCACUUCUGUGUUAGAUCUGUGUUGUGUUGCUCAAGGAGGGAUGCUGAAGGCCACAGUGGGUUCAGUGGAGGAGAAGGAUGAGGAGCAGGAGGAUGAAGGUGAAGAAGAGUUGAGGGAUGGAGGGGUGCCUUUCUAUGUGAACAGAAGAGGCCUCCCAGUAGACGAGGAGACUUGGGAGAGGAUGUGGCGACACGUGGCUAGAAUCCAUCCGAAUGGUGAAGCACUGGCCAAGGAGAUAAGAGGUGCCACUGACCUGCCCAAGAUUCCAGUACCAAGUGUGCCUACAUACCAACCUACCACUACUAUUCCCCAACGCCUGGAAGCCAUACAAAAGUUCAUCUGGGAAUUGCAGUACAAUCACACGGGAACCCAGUUUUUUGAGAUUAAGAAAAGCCGUCCUCUUACUGCGUUAAUGGACAUUGCUAAGGAGAUGAUACGAGAGGCUCUGCCAAUCAAAUGUUUGGAGGCGGUGAUCCUGGCAAUUUAUCUCACCAAUAACAUGCCCGGUGUGGAGCGCUUCCCUCUCAGCUUUAAGUCUCAUUUCUCAGGGAACCACUUCUACCACAUUGUGCUUGGCGUUCACAGCGGGGGGCGUUUUGGUGCGCUGGGCAUGAGUCGAAGAGAAGACCUCAUGUUCAAGCCACUGGCGUUUCGAACACUGUUGGACUUGGUGCAGGAGUUUGAAGGCGCCUACAGGGGCUACUGGCACACCCUGCGCAAGAUCAAGAUUGGCCAGUACGUGUCACACGAUCCUCACAGCGUGGAGCAGAUAGAGUGGAAACACUCCAUACUGGAUGUGGACAAGCUGAGCAAGGAGGAGCUCAGGAAAGAGCUGGAGAGACACACCCGAGACAUGAAGAUAGGAAAACCAGCACCUCCUUCUCCCACUAAGGAUAGGAGAAACAGUGUGGGUUCUCCUCAUAAAGGACCAAACAGCCCCAUCCGGAGGAUCAGCCGAGUUGAGAGACGCCCCUCUGGAGAGAAGAAGGUUUUGGAACAAAAGGCGGCAGAUAUUAAUGGAUACCAGAUCCGUGUCUGA